CCACCCUCCCCUCCCCCUCUGCCCCUUCCCCACCCCGGGACUCUGGUUUGGCUGCAUUGGCUAACGCAGUCCCAGCUGCUCCUCAGGUCGCGGCCCCGCCCGGCUUGUCACGGAGCCCGGCGCUGCUGGGGAAUGCUGUGAUAUACUUUUGAUGACUUAUACCUUUGGUGAAGACUGCCUUUAGCUGGACGUCUCUAGUCAUUCAAAAAAUAGAACCACUGGUGAGGAGUGAGAAAAUAACAAUGAAACAGCUCCACAAAAAGAGGAAGCGCAAUGUAGAUUCAAAGGACCAUGUAGAUCUGGAGAGAGGCAGGGAACAAUCUAAAGAUGACAAGAAGCAGAAGAAUGGCAUGAUCACUUCCUGUCAUGUAAAUUCAGCUGCUGGAUGGGAGAGUUGGUCUUGGGAUCAAUACUUAAAGGAACAGAAUGCUGUAGCAGCACCUGCUCGACUUUUUUCUAGGGAUCAGUCCUUUCCUGAGCAUGAAAAUGGCUUUCAAAUUGGAAUGAGAUUAGAAGGCAUUGACCCUCAAGAUCCAUCUAAAUUCUUUGUGCUCUCUGUAGCUGAGGUAUGUGGUUAUCGCCUAAGACUUCACUUUGACGGCUAUUUAAGCUGCUAUGAUUUUUGGACCAAUGCAGGUUCCCCUGAUAUUCACCCAGUGGGGUGGUGUGAAAAGACCAAACAUGAAUUGCACGUCCCUAAGGGUUAUAGAAAGGACAAGGUUACUUGUAUGGACAACCUGAAGACCUCCAAAUUUCAAAAUGCUCCCAAGAAAUUGUUCCUAAAGAGAAGUAUUAUUGGAACUCCAGGAGAAGAAUUUCAGGUAGGAAUGAAACUGGAAGCAGUGGACAGGAAGAACCCUUCCUUAGUGUGUGUGGCCACCAUUGCGGAUAUAGUUGGGGAUCGCCUACUUGUACACUUUGACAACUGGGAUGACAGCUACGAUUAUUGGUGUGAUAUUUAUAGUCCUUUUAUUCAGCCGGUUGGAUGGUGUCAGAAAAAUGCCAGAACUCUGAUAGCACCCCAAGGUCAUCCUGAUCCAGAAAAUUUUUCUUGGACAGACUACUUGGAAGCUACUCAAUCUUCUGCAGUACCAGUUAAAGCUUUUAAAAUGCGAAAACCUCAUGGAUUUCUGGUGAAUAUGAAACUUGAAGCUGUAGAUAAACGCAAUCCCAGUUUAAUUCGUGUUGCUACUGUCAUAGAUAUAGAAGACCAAAGAAUAAAGGUCCACUUUGAUGGCUGGAGUCACAAAUAUGACUAUUGGGUAGAUGUUGACAGUCCUGACAUUCAUCCAAUAGGAUGGUGCAAUAUGACAGGUCACCCACUAGAAGUGCCAUAUAGAGAAAAAGAUGAGAAAAUUGCUCCAGGCCAAGCUGUGUGCCCCACCCGAGGAUGCCGAGGAGUAGGCCAUAUCAAAGGUCCAAGCUACAUGGGACAUCACAGUGCUUAUGGCUGCCCCUAUUCAGACAUAAACUUGAAAAAGGAGGCAAUGUUUCAUCAUCGUUUGGAAAAAGAAACACAGGCAAAUUUCAUGGCUGACUCUUCACAUCCCAAAUUGAAAGGUCUUUGUAGUGUGAACUUCAAUGGAAAACAUGAAAAGUUGAACAGUAAACUCAGACUUGUACAGCAGGCAAAGUGUCUGAAAAUCAAAGGAAAAGAAGAUAUUGACUUGGAUAAUUUGUUCAGAGAAUACUCUUCUGAAAGUAAGCAACAGGCCCUCCACCAGUCAGUCUUCCUGUCUGCCAUGUCAACCCACCCCUCCCGGGACCUUCCCCUCUGCAGAGAACAGCAUUGCAAGCUUCUCCCAGGUGUGGCUGAUAUCCAGGCAAGUGAAGUAGCCAAAUGGACUGUGGAUGAGGUGGCAAAUUUUGUACAAAGCCUUCCAGGUUGUGAAGAUCAUUCCAGAUACUUCAAAAAAGAGCAGAUUGAUGGCAAAGCCUUCCUGCUUCUGACCCAGACAGAUAUAGUCAAAGUGAUGCGCAUUAAACUUGGCCCAGCCUUGAAGAUUUUUAAUUCCAUCCUGAUGUUCAGGAAUGCCCAGGACCUUGGAGACACAGAUUCUGCCUCUAGCAAAGUCAUCAGAGAAUAGAUGUGCCGUUCUCUCCUGGAUACCUUGAACUUAGGUUAUUCAAGCAAUAAAAUCUGGAAUACAUUCAUUUGGUUUUUCAUGUUUUACCCAGUCAUAUCCAUACUGAAAAAUAUUAAGUGUCUAAAUUUUACACAGUGAAAACAUUUUGGUGAUGAAGUGCCAGAAUUCAGAAAGUUUUAGGCCUUUCGAAUGUCUGUUAAUAUUGUCAUUCUUUGGCAAAGUCUUGUCACGUCAGGACCAAAGAUGUCCACACGUACAUACAUUUUUAUUCUUUCCUUAGAUUCCAUUAAAGAAGCCAUUUCCCAUCUCCCAGGCAUAAAACCUUCAAGUGAUAAAAUAUUAGAAAAACAGUAUUCAUAAAUACAUUGUUAAUGUUUUCAUCAGAACAUCCGAGCUUGGCUCAGAUUUGCCAUCUGGACUGUAAUGAGUCUGCAAGAGAUACACGGAGGAAAGAGACAAAGACCUGGUGCUUUAAAAAGAUGUCUUGUGAGAUUUUUGUAUACUUUACUCAGGAAAGUGUGAAUGCUUAAAAAAAAAAAAAGCACAUGUUUUCAUGAUUCAUUAAUCCUCUUUUUUUGCCUAAGUAACCAUUUUUUGGUUGCUCACUAAAGACUUCUCGGGACCUUAAAAGGGGAGGAUGUGGUGGUGUAAUGUGAAAAAAUCAAGCUUGGGUGUUUUAAAAUGAAACACUGGUUCUGAUAGUCAUCUAGUCCCCUAGUGUUUUAAAUGACAGGGCUUUGGGAUCUGUUUAUAACACUGCUUUUGGCUGACAGUUUGCCUUUGUAGAAGAACUGUAUUAUGUCAGGCUUCUGCUUUGUGUAAAUGAUCACAUUCAAGAGAGGGGAUGGGUCCUCCUUACAUAUGAUCUGUGCAAUCCAGAGUUAGGCUAUUAUGGAUGAUAAAUCUAUUUGAUUUUUUAAAGCAAGAGAAUGUUAUCAUAAAAGAGUGAUCAGAAGGAGGGGACUUGAAAAGAAUAGUACUCGAGUAUUUUGUAAGCUGAUGUUUUCCUACAAGUAAUUAUACCUGAAACCAAAAUCCUAUGGGAUCCUCCAUAACUGGCACUUGUUUUUUGAUGGCCAUAUGCACAAGGGAAUGAAGAAUGCAUUCACAUUAGUAAUUCCAUCAUGUUUGCAAAAGGAAAAUGACAGAAAAAUUGGAGAAAAAUGAUAAAAUUUUACUAUUGUCCUCUCUAUUUGUCAUGUUUUUCUAAUAUUGUAUCUAUUUGAAUGGAAUUGUCAUCAAUACCUAUUACUUGAGGAAAAAACAUCAUCUUUAAAGCAUAUACAUUUGUUAUGUUUUCUUGGGGUUUGAUUUAGAUCGAAUUUUAAUAUAUUAUUGGUUGAUGUAAAUUUCCAUUUCCGCGAUUUUACCAAAUCUUUCUAUGGGUAAAUGAAACCCCUACUUUUACUGCAUUCAUAUUUUAAUAUAUUUUAAAUGCUAAUAAAGAUUGAUAUACAUGA